AUGGCCAAUCAGCUCUACAGCGCACCGCCCUUCCGGGCUGAGCAUAUGGGCUCGCUGCUGCGUCCUGAUGGACUCCUGGAGGCUAGGGCAAAGAUCCGUGAUACCGGUAUCUCUGAGGAAGAAGCCGGCCUGCCCGUCGUCGAGAAGGAAGCCGUGAAGGAAGUUGUUCAAAUGCAGAGAGAGCUUGGUCUGAAGGCUGUGUCCUCAGGCGAGUUCAACCGUACACGCUUCUGGGGUCUGAUGUGGGAUGAGUUUGAAGGAACCAUCCGCCUGCAAGAUGCGGACGCUUCCAUGUUUAGAUUAUACCACCCCGAUGUCGUCAGUCUCAUCGAGAAGGACCGCAAGGUCAUGCCUGGUGACUCGGUUAUUGCCGGGUCAAAGCUCACCUGGAACCCCGAGAAGUCGCUCUCCAAUCUCCACGAGCUAAAGCUUGUCCAGCAGACUCUGCCCGAGAGUGAGUGGGGCAACAUCAAGCUGACCAUGAUCACCCCGGCCUGGUUCCACAUGCGAUACAAGGAAGGCAAGGCAUACUCUCCCGAGGCCUACGCGAACGAUGCCGAGUAUUUCCAGGGCGUGGCCACUGUAUACCAGGCUGAACUGGACGCGCUGUACAAGGCCGGCCUGCGGAAUGUCCAAUUCGACGACCCUGGAAUGGCCUACUUCUGCUCGAAGGCUUUCCGCCAGGGCUGGGAAGAGGACAAAGACAACACUGGCACAGUGGAUGACCUAUUCGACGCCUAUAUCCAGCUGUAUAACGACUGUCUCGCCAAGAUUCCUGCCGACAUGCACACGGGCAUCCACUUGUGUCGCGGUAACUUUAUUGGCGGUCGCCACUUCUCCGAGGGCUCGUACGAUAUCAUCGCCAAGAAGUUGUUUGAGAACCUCAACGUCAACACCUUCUACCUUGAAUACGACACCGAGCGGGCUGGUGGAUUUGAGCCUCUCAAGUUCCUGCCCAAGAACAAGAAUGUCGUUGUUGGCGUCAUCAGUACCAAGCUUCGUGAGCUGGAAGACAAGGAGGCCAUGAAGGAGCGCAUCUACAAGGCUGCUGACUUUGUGGCCUCUGGUAGUGGCGAAGCACGCGAGGAGGCACUAAAGCGCGUUUGCGUCAGCCCCCAAUGCGGCUUCAGCACCCACGAGAGCGGGUACCCACUCAGCCUGGACGACGAGAAGAAGAAGCUGGGUCUGGUGCGACAAAUCGCCGACGAGAUCUGGGGAGAGCCUUAA